AAGACAUUCUCACUAAAAAAAAAAAAAAUAAUAAAGUAAACAAUGCAGAUAAAGCUUGUACCCUCUCCUCCUGUCCUAUUCCCAGAGAGAACCCUUGUAUCCGUUUGGUGUAAAUCACUUUUCAGACCCUUUGAAAUGCAUUUAUAUGUAAAUACACGUUUAUGUAUGUAUCUAUAGACACAUGCAUCCUUAGACAUCUGUAGUCACGAUUCGUGGGUUUUCUCCGCCAGUCAGUGGGGUCAUACUGUUUGCAUCACGGAGCAACUUGCUUUUCUCCUAAACAAUAAGCCUUCGAGAUUGCCCGUGUCAGCAUCUUGAUCUUUCUAACGGCUGCGUGCAGGUGCAGUCAUGUGCCACCCAACAACAGGGAUACGUUCUGAGUAACGUGCCGUCAGGCAAUUUCAUCACUGUGCGAACAUCACAAAGGCACUUCCACAAACCCGGAUGGAUGGCACAGCCUCCCACACACCCAGGCUGGGCUCCAAGCCUGCACAGCGUGUCACGGACUGAAUACUACAGACGGUCGUAACGUAAUAGUAAGUAUUUGUGCAUCUAAACAUAUCUAAACAUAGAAAAGGGACAGCAAGAAUACGGUGUAGAAGAUAAAAAAUGGCACACCUGUGGGGAGCACCCACCAUGAAUGGAGCUGGCAGGACCGGAAGUUGCUCUGGGUGAGUGAGGGGUGAGUGGACGGGACGGCCCCGGAUAUGACUGUCCACGACUGUAGGCUUUAUAAACACUGGACACUUAGGCUGUGCUAAACUUAUAAAAACUACGCAAGAUUAAAUGAAGCACAAGAGAAAAUGAUGCCAUCAAGAGACAUGGUAGAUACGAGAUGUCCUUUUUUUCUAAGUAGGAAAAGUGCACUCUAAAAUGACGAUAAAAAGUGUAGUAUAAUAACUACAGAAACAUUUAUGAUCACUACCAAGCACCACGACAUAACUGCCUCAACGUCGCUAGGCGAUAGGAAUCUGUCGGCUCCAUUAUGAUCUUACGGGACCACCGUCGUCUCUGCGGUUCAUCAGUGACCAAAGUGUCGUUGUGCAGCGCGUGACUGUUACAAGUGUAUGAGGUCAUCCCCUGUGGACGGGAGACUGUUUGCAGUGCUCAGCCGUUAUGUAGCAUUAGGAGCACUGACCUGAACCAUCUUUGGGCCAGCACACCUAGGCACACCGGGGUGGGUGAUCGGAAUAGCUGGGUCACAAGUCCGUGAAGAAGGGUGAUAACCAGAGGUGGCAGUCCCUGUGCCACGGCCCUCACAGUGUCGGAGAGGUCUCGCUUCCCAGGCUUCCAUAAACACCUGUGCUUCCUAACCUGAUUGAUGGCUGACGUAACACACCGGCGACUUUCAGCUCGGGCAGGGGAUGUGUGCCGGCAGUGAGAGCCCUAUGACCUCACUGAGCCACUGUUUCAGGUGGGAACAUCCCUGCCCCAGGUUGGAGAGCAGGAAAAAGAGUUGACCACCAGAAGUCCAAACAUCCUUCGUUGUCCUUUGUAGACAAGGAAAUGGACGUUCCCAUAGCUCAUCGGCAGUGGAUGGGGACCCGUCACAGGAAUCAGAUCUUUCUAUACUGUGCUUAAAAAACAAACAAACAAACAAAAAACAGUAGCAUUAAACCCAUUUGUUGACAAGAAGGCAUGGCACGUGUGUUUUCUGGGUUUGGAAAAGAAAGGUCAUUUUGUUCCUGUGAAAUAACGCACCCUCUAAUUCUAAAAUACUCUUUUUCUUGACUGUUUCUUCCUUUGUUUCAUGCCACAGCCUCCAGCCAGGAGGUGACUUCUCAUUAUUGAAUGUGGAGGCCCCUGUCUUUGAUGGCUUAGGGCACGUUUGAGUCACCAGUUGAGAGGGGUGCAGCUAGAAAGCUGUGUGUCCCAGGCAGAGAACAGGGCACGCUCAGAACACAGACUGCCUUCCCGCCAUUCACAGCCGCUAACGUACAACAGAGGACCCUGGCACUUUUUCAAAGGACAGAAAUUCAGAAACUCCCUCAGUUGUAAACAUGUCGGCUGUAGGGUUUAGAACAGGGAAGUUCAAAGUCUACCAGUGAAGCAGCGCCCGGGAAUGGUUAAGUCAGUAAUGAUAAACCCAGUGCUCACUUCGGCAGCACAUAUAAUAAUGAUAAACCCAUACAGGGGACUGUUAUGCCAGCUAACUUGUGAAUUCAUGAUGUCAUGUUUGUGUUAAAAAAAAAAAAAAAAAGCUUAGUCAUUUGUUCUCUGCCUCUUGGAGUGUAACUUCGGAGGACCUUUUGGGAGGAAACCUGCAAAUGUGUACAUGUUAGCUGUGAUCCAGCAAUUAACACUUCCAAGAAGCAUGUCCGGCUGAGAUCGUGCCCAAGGACCCAAAGUUUGGCUCACACACGAGGAUGUUCACUUCAGCCCUGUUUGUACUAGGAAAUGUUGGCGAGGAUCCAAACAUCAACACACUGAGGACAUGUUCCUAGAUGUAGAACUGCCCGGCGAAAAUAAAGGAAUGUGUUUGCGUUUUCGUCCAUUACCAGAUUACCUCUUAGCAGAGGUUAAUACCCACGGACGGAAACCUGGAAGCACGCGAUCGAGAAGGCCAAGCACAUGCCUGACCCCUGGGCUGAGUUCCACCUGGAGGACAUUGCCACAGAGCGUGCCACGCGUCACAGGUACAAUGCCGUCACCGGGGAGUGGCUGGAAGAUGAAGUUCUGAUCAAGAUGGCAUCUCAGCCCUUCGGACGUGGAGCAAUGAGGGAGUGCUUCAGGACGAAGAAGCUCUCCAACUUCCUGCACACCCAGCAGUGGAAGGGGGCCUCCAACUACGUGGCAAAGCGCUACAUCGAGUUGGUGGACAGGGACGUGUACUUUGAGGAUGUGCGUCUACAGAUGGAGGCGAAGCUCUGGGGAGAGGAAUACAAUCGGCACAAGCCCCCCAAACAGGUGGACAUCAUGCAGAUGUGCGUGGUGGAGCUGAAGGAGAGGCCAGGCAAGCCCCUCUUCCACCUGGAGCACUAUAUCGAGGGCAAGUACAUCAAGUACAACUCCAACUCAGGCUUCGUCCGUGAUGACACCAUGCGCCUGACGCCGCAGGCCUUCAGCCACUUCACAUUUGAGCGCUCCGGCCAUCAGCUGAUUGUGGUGGACAUCCAGGGUGUAGGCGACCUCUACACUGACCCACAGAUCCACACGGAGAAAGGCACCGACUUCGGAGAUGGCAACCUAGGUGUCCGGGGGAUGGCGCUGUUCUUCCACUCUCAUGCCUGCAACCAGAUUUGCGAGAGCAUGGGACUCACGCCCUUCGACCUCUCGCCAAGAGAGCAGGACGCAGUGAAUCAGAACACCAAGCUGCUGCAAUCAGCCAAGACCAUUUUGAGGGGGACAGAGGAAAAGUGUGGGAGCCCCCGAGUGAGGACCCUGUCUGGGAGCCGGCCACCCCUGCUCCUCCGCCUUUCGGAGAACUCUGGAGACGAGAACAUGAGCGACACGACCUUCGACUCUCUCCCUUCCUCCCCGUCUUCGGCCACACCACACAGCCAGAAACUGGACCACCUCCAUUGGCCUGUGUUCAGCGACCUCGAUCACAUGGCUCCCCGAGAUCAUGACCACCUGGACAACCACCAGGACAGUGGGGACAGCGGAUACCCUAGUGAGAAGCGGGGUGAGCUUGAUGACCCAGAGCCCCGAGAACACGACCCCUCAAAUGGUAACCGCAGGUACGAGUCGGAUGAAGACAGCCUGGGCAGCUCCGGACGGGUCUGUGUGGAGAAGUGGAAUCUCUUCAACUCCUCCCGUCUCCACUUGCCGAGGCCUUCGGCCGUGGCCCUGGAAAUGCAAAGGCUUAAUGCUCUGGACCUUGAAAAGAAAAUCGGGAAGUCCAUUUUGGGGAAGGUCCAUCUGGCCAUGGUGCGUUACCAUGAGGGUGGGCGCUUCUGCGAGAAGGACAAGGACUGGGACCGCGAGUCGGCCGUCUUCCACCUGGAGCACGCGGCCGACCUGGGUGAGCUGGAAGCCAUCGUGGGCCUGGGACUCAUGUACUCGCAGCUGCCCCACCACAUCCUGGCUGAUGUCUCUGUGAAGGAGACAGAAGAAAAUAAAACCAAAGGAUUCGAUUACUUACUGAAGGCGGCUGAAGCUGGCGACAGACAGUCCAUGAUCCUGGUAGCACGAGCUUUUGACAUGGGCUUGAACCUCAGCCCGGACAGGUCCCAAGACUGGCCAGAGGCCCUGCACUGGUACAGCACCGCCCUGGAGACAACAGACUGUGAUGAGGGCGGCGAGUACGACGGGAUGCAAGGCGAGCCCCGGUAUGCGCUGCUCGCCAGGGAGGCGGAGAUGCUGUCCACAGGCGGCUGCGGGCUGAAGAAGGACCCGCAGAGAUCAGGCGACUUGUACACCCAGGCAGCCGAGGCAGCGACGGAAGCCAUGAAGGGCCGGCUGGCCAACAAGUACUACCAGAAGGCCGAGGAGGCCUGGGCCCAGAUGGAAGAGUAGCUUGCUGGAGAAUCACUGCCGGCCAGUCCCAAGCAAAAGGGCUAGAGGGGGGCAAAAAGACUUACUGACUUAUUUAGGGGGUUUUUUUUGGUGGGGGUGGGGGGAGAGGGAAGUAUUUUUUAGUGUGUUGUAAAUCAACUUCUGUACAUCAUUUUUCGACUUUUGAAAAUGUCUGUGCUACCAGCAGAGACACCAUAGCUGUCCCCCGAGGGCAGAAUUUGGGGGGAGUGGGGAUUGAAAAUGCAGUCUAAUGAACCAGCAUUGCGUUCUGAGAUUCUGUUGUGAUUGUUUUGUUUUGUCAUGAGGUGUAAAGACAGUGCUUUCCUGCCUUGGCUGGAAAAUAUUAGGGCUUUUGCCCAGCAGCCUUUUCAGGCUGGAAUUGAAACCUCAGGCCUGCAGAGCCCAGUGUUUCCUGAGUUGGGUGGGGAAUGUACAGCUGCACAUGAACCUCCCACGGGGAUGUGUUGUCAUGACUUCCUUCCAGAGCCCCUAGAAGCAUGCAUGGCAUUGGCCGUGCAUGUGAGAUGGUACAGUAGUACCCAGGCCCCCUUCUGCCAGGAGGGAGGGCCCCGCACACCGACUGUUUUUCUCCUUUUACUUUAAUUUCCUUCCUGAAAUACAACGGACUUCCCAGAAUACAGCCAAAUUCCACUUGCAGGCAUGCUUUCUGUACUGGGCUUUGCAAAACAGGUUUGGUUUUUGUGUACACACAUGGACUACCUCUGUGCCCUCCGUCAGCUGGCGUGGACGUGGAUGCGAGUGUGCCUCGAGACUGACAUGCAAGGACAGUGGCUGGGCACGUGCAAGCCCGUCCUCCCAGUGGACAUGUACUGUGCAUCCCAGUGGCAGCAUCCACACUGUGACUGAAGUACCCCAUGUCACGGUUUCUCCCCGUUUUCUUUGCAUCAGAUGUUCUUUUGUAGUGUCUGCUCCCCAACUCUCAUCCUUGGCAUUUUCUGCUUGAAGCGAGGCUGAUUUUCUCGUAAUUUGCAGCAGCCCCUUGAGAUUUAUUUAAGAUGUUUUGAAAAUGAGAGGACAGGAACUAUAAACACUCAUUAAUUCUAGUGGUUUCUCCAGAGCCAGGCAAUGGCUAACUGACUAUCAUGAGCGUUCCCUUUAAAAGGAAUUCAGAAUUAGUAUCAGCAUGAUUUCAGCUGGGGUUUCACGUAGCAAAGAAAAUAGACUGCUUUGCUCAGUCCCAAGCAAUUAAGCAGCCUGUCUUUCUCUGUUUAAGAAAUGAAAACAUAAAGCAAAGUGUGAUGAUAUACACACCGUUCUUAUCUGCUUGCUAAAAUGUUAGUGUUAAGUGCUGUGGCCUCUUGAACCUGUGCGAGCAUUAAGUUCCCAAGUUUAGAGUGCGCCCUUGAGGAAAACUCUGGCUGAGUGAAAAGGACCCUUGAAAAAACCCCUGCGAAUGCCUAUAAAUUACAGCAUCCCUCCUUUUUAAUGUGCACUCAUCACAAUUUCCUCCAGAAGUGGGAGCUGAUCAGUCUUCUUCCACUUGCCCCAGAUCAAGUAGUAGUUUUUUGUUUGUGUGUUUUGAACUAGUGCGUAUAGUAGUUAAAUUGCUGUGUUCAAUGUAAGUCAGAAACAGCUUUAUCGGGACUUGCCUCUGCAAAGUAAUCAAGCCUCAUAGAACUCAUCCUUUUUGUCGCCGUUCUCACUUCAGCCAGCCGCCUCUCUCUGAGACUUUAUUAUGCCAAUAAUUUACGUUCCCUGACCACUGAUCUCAUUUCUUCCUUUUGUGUCAGUGCUUCUCUCUAACACAGGGAUCGGCAGACUUUUUUGUAAAGGGCCAGACAGUAAAUGUUGUCGGCUGUGCUGGCCAUAUGGGCUUUGCCACUGCCAGGCCUUAUGUUGUCACAUCAGCGUGACUGGUGUUCCAGUAAAACUCGAUUUCAAAAGCAGGUGGCUUGCCUGGGCUCUAGUGUUCCGACCCUGGCCUAAUCCUCAACUGAGCGCCACUGUAUCAGCUUGGAGCAAGAGCUCUCUCAAGUUUCCGGCCUCCAGGGCUCACACACAAUGCUUGGCACAGAGCAGGCGCUCAGUAAAUGUGGAGACAAAGGGAGAGUCAGCCCCAGUGCCCGCACUCGCUGUUUGCAGCUCUGGCCCCUCUAGCCAGCGAAUGAUUCCUUGUCUGAAUUGGCUUGAACCAGCCCCCCUGCAGUUGCUGUCACCCAGCCACCCACAUGGCCUUAUGUCAGCAGGAGGCUGGGAGGGCCUGGAAGUAUUAGUAUGUAGGUAAGCAAAUGCUUCCUGAAUGACCACCGAGAGUAAAACCAUCUGCAGGCUUUUGAGAAGAACUGACUCCACCUUCAAAAUCUAGUUUCGUGCCUUCGAAAGCUGGUGAGGGCCUCUUUGUCCACAAAUGGCUGAACAAGCCAGGACAUUCCAGCCCAACUGGGAAGACAUCUCAGAGACUAUUGUCAUGUGCAAGAGGCAGGGGACAGUCCGGGAGAUAAGCAGACCUGGGGCCUGGGACCUGGGACCUGCAGUCACAGGGUGGAGAAACCGCAGUUCUGGAUGAACCAGCUAGCAGCCAAGCGGGAGCUUGGCUCCCAGAGCUGUGCUUAUCCAGCUGUUCUCAUUCCAACGGGACUGUAAUGACCCUGUCGGUUUUGCUCUAGGUUAAAAGAAGAAGGCGGCUUUAUGGAUAGCUAAAGGAAAGAAAUUCCAAACCCCAACAUGUCUGAACCCUCCCCUUCUUCCGCCUCACCCAAGGCACUCUGGGAAUUGAGCAUCCAGCCAAACUACCCUUGUUGCUCUUUAGCGACUGUACUUCCCUUCGUCCCCACACAUUCGUCUGCAGUACUGGACACGUUGUACCGAUGCACAAAUGUUUACACAAGCAUGUGCAGCUAGUGUGGGGGAAAGGAGACGACACGUGCAUUUUCUCUGCAUGGAUUUCUGUCCGUCACUUGUGCUUCUGGUCUUUGGGGGAACCAUUUAACCGAGACCAGGUGGACAUCGGGUGGGACCCAGAGAACUGGCUUGCGUUACCGAUUUACCUUUGCAUAUGUUCUAUUUCGUGUUUCCAAAUAAAGUGGUUUCUUUCUUUCCGGUCUCAAAUUCAAA